AUGUCCAACGUCCGCACCUUAGUCGACGGGCUUCCAGGCGCUGAAUUGUUUAUCUAUCCAUUUCUGGAGACCAAUUUUCUACAAAUUAUCCAAAAAGGACUGGCUGAAGAGACGAAAAAGAGUAUGCUCAGAAGUGCUCUUCAGGGUUUAGCUGCUCUUCACGAAAGAAACAUUAUCCACACAGCAAGAGAUAUCAAACCGAAUAACAUUCUUGUUGAUUACGAAGAAGUGGAUGGCCGUUUCUCUAUCAAGAAAGUUCAGAUCGCGGACCUAGAGGACUCGGCUAUCCUCCCACCAGGGAGAUUCUUGAAAGGAACGCUGUGCGGCAACCAGAUGUGGAGGAGUCCGGAAUCUUGGGCUCGAUCGCGACAAGGUUUCCCUUCAGAUGUAUUUUCUUUUGGGGCUGUGUGCAUCUAUGUGAUGCUGGAUGAUAUGGCUCUACGUCCCUUGGAAGCGGAGCUAAAUGCCUCUGACUCGUGGCGACAUAUUCUGCGACUAAUGGUAUCAUUUUUUGGCGAAGACGCGGGAUUCAAGGGUUUACUACGAUGGAUUGGCGAGGAUAACCCAUUCUUUGAACGUCUUAUUGCCAUCGCAGGGACCUUCAAUGAGGAGAAACCACAGGUUCCCUUUGGUAAUUGGCGCUACGUUGACGAGAAAUUCCGUGAUCUCAUUACAAAGAUGACAAAUCUGGAUCCAACGAGGAGGAUCACAGCAGUCGAGGCUUUGGAGCAUCCAUGGUUGGCUCAGAACGAUUAA